AUGGCCUACACUCUCUACAAUUACACGCCGUCGCUGGCUGCUGCCGUCAUUUUCGUCCUCCUGUUUUUCACUUUGACAAUUGUGCAUAUAUUCCUUGCCUGCAAACAUAAAGUCAAGUUUUUGAUUGCCUUUAUCAUUGGAGGUUUCUUUGAAGCUGUCGGUUAUGCUGCGCGAGCAGUCAAUGCACACCAAGCACCAAACUAUUCGACCAUGCCGUAUGCGCUUCAGAGUUUAUUCAUUCUGCUUGCUCCAUCUUUGUUUGCCGCAUCGAUCUAUAUGAUUCUCGGUCGCAUCAUCCGCUUAACCGAUGGAGACUCUCGAUCCAUGGUUCGCGGAACCAGAUUGACUAAGAUCUUCGUCUCCGGCGAUGUAUUAUCUUUCUUCAUCCAAAGUGGAGGUGGUGCAAUAAUGUCCGGUGCCAAGACUGCAAGCAAGCUGAAGCUCGGAGAAGAUGUUAUUAUUGUGGGUCUCAUUGUCCAAAUCAUCUUCUUUAGCUUCUUUGUGGCUGUAUCGGUCGUCUUCCACAAGAGAAUGUCCAAUAACCCAACCGCGGCUGCUAUGGGGAGCUCGUUUAACUGGGCACGCUACAUGAGAGUUCUGUACUUCGCCAGUGUCUUGAUUAUGAUCCGUUGUCUGUAUCGAGUCAUUGAGUACAUUCAAGGAUCAACAGGCUUUUUCCAAAGUCAUGAGUACUUCGCCUACAUCUUUGACGCCUCCCUCAUGAUGUUUGUCAUGGGCAUAUUUGUUGUCUUUCACCCCAGCCAGAUUUUUGCUGGCUACCACGAGAAAUUGGAUGAAACUGAAUUGAUCUACGGGCGGCCAGGUUACCAGCAGCAAGUCUAA